UUUUUCAACAUGAUUUUCUUCCACAACUUCAACGAAGACUCUCCCAUCGAACGUAUCCAGGACGCUAUUGACAAGGUGGACAACCCCGAGUACGGGCGGAACCUCAUCAACGAGAUCAAGAUUACAAAGGAGAAGGAGUUGAUCGACUUGCUCCGCAAAGAUAUCGAAGAAAAAAAUACCCAGAAGUUCCACGACGAACUCCGUUUCCAGAUCGUGUCCAACUUCUCCGAGUCGUUUAAGGAGGAGUUGCAGAAGGAAAUCAAGGAGAAGAACACCAAGGAGAUGUUCGAGGCCAAGAGUGUCUCCUACGAGCUUUUCGAUAACUUGAAGGCCGAGUACCUCAAGAAACAUGGCAAUGACAUCGAAGAGGUUGCUAUUCUUGAAGUGAUGCAGGACUUGAAGAUGGAGAGCUCUCCAGGUCUCUCCAAGAAGGUCAAGGAUUUACUUCACCAAAAGAUGGAUAGAUCGGUCUGGUACAAGUAUCUAAUUAAUGACCUAUUAAUCAAGUUUGGUCCUAAAGAUAUGCAUGCCCUCACCAAGGAAGAAAGAGGUGAUGACUUCCCGGGUACCUUCUUGAGAGAUAUACAACAACCACCUAUCUCCAAGAAUGUGUUGCUUAAAAACCAUGUCAACUUGUCCAAGGAAAGACAUGCAAAACUCAAAGAAUACCAUGCCAAGUUUGUGGAUGCCAUCAAGAGACUCGAUGACCCCCCCAAGCAAUUUGUGAACGGUGAUGGUAUCGUUAUUUCCGGAGGUGGUGUCUACUUUGGUUCCGCCUUGGUAGCAAUCGGCCAGAUGCGUGAAAUGGGUUCCAAGUUACCUAUAGAGUUGGUUAUCAAUGACUUAUCCGAGUACGACGAGCAAAUCUGCGAAGUGCUACUUCCAAAGACUUUUAAUGCCCGUUGUAUUGUUAUUGAAAAGGAAAUCGGUAAGGAGCUCCUCGAAAAACUAAAAUUAACCAAGUUCCAAAUGAAGAUCUUUGGUUUGCUUUUCUCCUCCUUUGACAAUAUCAUCACUAUUGAUGCUGACAACAUGCCUAUCAAAAAUGUUGACACCUUGCUUACUUCUGAACCUUAUCUUUCCACUAAGUUCAUUUUAUGGCCAGAUAUAUGGCACAAGGGAGUGUCACCACUCUAUUAUGAUAUAGCCGGUUUCAAGGUUGGUACAACACCGAUUCGUCGGGAAGGUCUUGCAAAUGACUGGCCUUGGUCUCGGUACCCCGGUAAGGAUGUCGACACCGAUGUGGCCUACCACGACUUGGAAGGAUUACCUGGUAUGAUCAGUAUUGAAACUGGUCAAAUGGUUUUCUCCAAAAGAGCCCACUUCAAGUCUUUCUUGUUAUCCUUAUACUACAACAUAUAUGGACCUGAUUUUUAUUACCGUUUGCUUUUCCAAGGUGUCCCGGGUGAAGGUGACCGUGAGACCUUCGUUCCUGCAUUACAUUUAUUAAAAGAACCUUACCACAUCGUUCCUCGUGCUUCUUGGCUUGCUGGAUACAAGAUGGGCGAGAAACAAGACGGAGAUUUCCAAGAAACCACAAUCGUGCAGUAUGACCCAACUCAGACUGUAAAAUUGAUUGAUGAUUGGGAAAAAUGGUUGAAAAAGCAUGAUUCGGAUACAAGAUUGUGGCCCUACCAAUCUAACAAACACACCGGUGAAUUAAUGGACUUAUUUAAAAAAGAUCUUGCAAUUAGUAGGUCGAAGGAAGUACCAGACCCGGAAACUGGUAAACUAACUAUGGUUGACGAAGUCGAAGAGUAUAAGUUUCCAGAUGUCUUCUUCCUCCAUAUCCACAAACCGAAGAUUAACCCAAUCGAAAAUGCGAAGACUGAAAGUUAUGGUAUCUACACAAGAAGAAAUUUGGGACUUCAAGGAACUUAUCCAGAGUAUGGCAAAACCGAUUGGGAAUUAAAGUUCCAUUCAAUUGCCAAGUGGAUUGCCUGUGAAGGAAUCACCUCCCAGCACUUCUGGGACACAAUUGCUGAAAAGAAAAAGGAUUUUGUCUGUGAGAAGGUUACCGAAUACGUUGAAUUCUUAAAGCAGGAUACCACAGAUCCAGGAGCAGAAAAGUUAAGUUUUGCCAAGAACUAAUUCUCAUCCGUUCGUUUUGCAGACCCUCAUAUUUUCUAUAUGACAUGUAUAAUAGUAAAUGUAACACCCAAGUAAUAAGCCGUUCAGUACCUGAAAGUAUUUGAUCUCAUAUCGUAU